AUGUCUAUUCAACUACUCAACCCUAAAGCUGAAAGUCUUAGACGUUCCCAAGCGUUACAAGUCAACAUCGCUGCCGCCACCGGCUUACAGUCGGUGUUAAGUUCGAAUCUUGGACCUAAAGGAACAUUGAAGUUAUUGGUCGAUGGUGCUGGAAGUUUAAAGCUCACCAAAGACGGGAAAGUAUUACUUAGUGAAAUGCAAAUCCAACAUCCCACUGCCGUUAUGAUUGCUAGAGCUGCCACCGCUCAAGAUGAAAUCACUGGUGAUGGUACCACCACCGUGGUAUUGUUAGUAGGAGAAUUGCUCAAACAAUGUGAAAGAUACCUUUUAGAAGGAAUUCACCCCCGUAUCAUCAUUGAUGGGUUUGAUCUCGCUAAAACCCUCACCUUGAAAUACUUGGAUGACUUCAAAAUCGCUAAAGACCAACAAGACUUCGAUAGGGAGUUCUUACUUCAAAUAGCCAAGACUUCAUUGAUGACUAAAGUCUCCCCAGAGUUAACCGCAGUUUUAAGUCCAAUUGUCACCGAUGCGGUGUUAUCUGUUAAGGACAAUGAUUCCAUCGACUUACACAUGAUCGAAAUCAUGACCAUGCAAUACGGAGACGCUAAAGAUACCGAACUUAUUCAAGGAUUGGUGUUGGAUCAUGGUGCUAGACACCCCGACAUGCCUAAAAGGUUAGAAAACUGUCACGUAUUGAUCUUAAACGUAUCAUUAGAAUAUGAAAAGACCGAAGUCAACUCAGGAUUCUUCUACAGUAACGUAGAACAAAGAGAAAAGUUGGUAGCCAGUGAAAGAAAAUUCGUCGAUGAAAAAUUAAAGAAAAUCAUCGAUUUGAAAAACUCUGUUUGUGAAUUGGGUACAAAUGAAAAUUUCGUUAUUAUCAAUCAAAAAGGGAUCGAUCCUAUGUCCCUUGACGUUUUGGCCAAAAACGGAAUUUUAGCCUUGCGCAGAGCCAAAAGAAGAAAUAUGGAGCGAUUACAAUUGAUCUGCGGAGGGGAAGCGCAAAAUUCCGUUGAUGACUUAUCUCCUUCCAUUUUGGGAUACAGUGGAUUAGUGUAUGAGAAUAGCAUUGGGGAAGAUAAAUUCACUUAUGUUACUGAGAAUAAGCAACCAAAAUCCGUCAGUAUAUUGAUUAAAGGGUCAAAUAAUUAUAUCAUUCAACAAACCAAAGAUGCUAUACGUGAUGGAUUAAGAUCUAUUAAGAAUGUAUUAUAUGAUAAAUCCAUAGUUCCAGGAGCUGGGGCCUUCUAUCUUAGUUGUAAUAACUACUUAUUGAAUACCAAAGAAAUUAAGGGGAAACAAAAAAUCGGGGCCAAGAUCUUUGCUGAAGCUUUAUUGAUAAUUCCUAAAUUAUUGAGUAUCAAUGGAGGAUUAGAUGCUUUGGAGACUUUAACCAACUGUCAAGAUGAAAUCUUGGAAGGUAGAAAAGUAGGUAUUGACUUAAAGACCGGUGAACCAAUGGAUCCUUCAUUAGAAGGAAUUUGGGAUAGUUAUAGAGUUAUUAGAAAUGCCAUUAGUUCAGCUACUGGGAUUGCAUCUAACUUGUUAUUAUGUGAUGAGUUGUUAAAAGCAGGGAAAUCUUCAUUAAAACAAGGUCCUGGAGGUCAACCAUCAGGUCCAAUGCCUGGAAUGCCUGGAGGAAUGCCUGGAGGAAUGCCUGGAAUGCCAGGGAUGUAG